AUGCAACAACAAAUGGACGGAAACACUCCUGUGCUGCUGAUGCCACUCCGAGCUGAAGAUCUAGCGGAGUUAGAAGUCCACGAAGGUGCUGUUACGAAGCACAGUUUCAGGAUUAUUGAGCUGUCCGUGUUGGAAAUGGCAACAAGAUUCAAUGUGUUUCUUGGACUGUUCGUAGCCAUUCAGAUGAGGCUUACCAUUGAGGUGCUGUCGAAAACUGGUGAGUAUAUGAUCGAACUCACAUUUGAGACCAUUCAUGAAAGGCAGAGUGCAGCAACACAUCUAAAAAUCCAAAAAGAGAAAGAGAAGAGUGGGAUGCCCUCCUCUACACAGCCCAGUCAUGGUUGGGCCGGUCAUUUUCAGGAAUAUGGGCAUUACGAGGAGCGUGGGAGGUCUGGAACAGAACACCACCAUGAAGUAUUAACUAAUAAGAACCACCUAAACAAAUCUCACACUGAGAAAGAUAUAGAUCAUAUCUACUACAUUUCCAAAAUCUACCAGCCCACAGAUGCUGCAAGCAAGGAUUUAUGGGUGGAUUUAAAACAGAUGGAUAAAGAAAAGUUUCACGGAGUCCUCCCUAAUACUCACAGACAAGCUUUGACUGUGAACUUGUCCUUUGAGUUUCCUUAUUAUGGACAUUUACUGAAAGAAAUAACAGUGACUACUGGUGGUUUUCUCUACACAGGAGACAUGAUCCAUAAGAUGUUGACAGCCACUCAGUACAUUGCUCCACUUAUGGCUAACUUUGACCCGAGUAUUUCCCCAAAUUCCACCAUCAUUUACUCUGAUAACGGCACAGCUCUUAUUGUGCAGUGGGACCAUGUUUACCUCCAGGAUGACCCACAUUUGGGCAGUUUUACUUUCCAGGCUUUGUUGCACAGUGAUGGAAGGAUCACAUUUGCUUACAAAGAGAUUCCUGCUGAUGUGAGUGAAAUUAGAUCAGAGAAUCAUCCAGUGAAAGUUGGCCUUUCUGAUGCAUUUGUGGUGCUUCAUAAGAUUCAGCAGAUUCCAGACAUCGACAUCCGAAGGAGAACAAUAUAUGAGUACCAUCGAGUUGAGCUGUUGAAAUCCAAAAUUACCAACUCCACGGUUGUUGAGUUGCUGCCGCUUCCGACCUGCCUACAGUUCUCCAGCUGUGACAGCUGUGGUACAGCUCGCAUCGGCUUCAACUGUAGCUGGUGCAGCCGCCUACAAAGAUGUUCCAGCGGCUUUGACCGAAAUCGUCAAGACUGGGUUGACAGUGGUUGUUUGAUUGAGAUAAAGAACAAUAGUUGCAGUGAUACAAUCAAAACACAUGCUGUAAGCACUGGGCCUGCAAUCAAUAACACAGCAGCCUCUACAGCCACAGCCCAACCCAGCAGAUACAGCAGUGUUAUCAGCACGGUCUCGUCCCAAAAUAUUCAUCUCACUACCAUCUCUGUUAAUCCCUCUGAGGCAGGGAAGGCAGGUGAACAAAGUGAAAGGCUACAGACGGGUCUGCUGAUUAGCCUACUCCUCGUUGUGCUGUUAAUGGUGGCCGCAGCACUGGCUACAGUCUACAUGUACCAUCAUCCUACCUCCAGUGCCAGCCUGUUCUUCAUCGAGAGACGGCCAACACAAUGGCCUGUGAUGAAGUUUCGGCGAGGUUCUGGCCACCCAGCCUAUGCUGAAGUGGAGGCUAUGGGACGAGACAAAGAAGGCUUCAUUUUAAUAGAGACUAAAGACAACUUCAUCAUUGCAGACCGACGAGAGAGCUCAAUUACCACAGACCAAAGAGAUGGCUUCAUUGUGCCUGACCAAAAAGAAAGAUUCCUUGCUGUGGGACAUCGUUGA